CAGCAGGUAAUGGUGUACCCCCAACACCCCCAGCACCAUCUACAACAACACCCACAACAUCCGCAGCAUCCGCAGCACCCGCAACGGAUGGGGCUCCCUGGGAUGGGCUUUCAGCACCCCGUACCGCCCCCGCCACCACCCCCGGCGUUUUUUCCUGGGUCAGCGAGUCUGUUCGAGCAGCUCGACAAGCGGGUCAUGGUCGUUCUACGCGACGGUAGGCACCUGGUGGGAGUUAUGAGAAGCUACGACCAGUUUUCCAACAUCGUGCUGGAAGACACGCACGAACGACACUUUGUGAGAGAUAUUUUCGGGGAUAUAUCGCUGGGGCUUUACCUUGUCCGAGGGGAUGCUCUGGUGUUGAUGGGGGAACUCGACGAGACCCGGGAGGAAACUCCCAGGCUGAGAAGGGUCUCCGCGGACGAGAUAAUCGAGGCGCAGCAGGAGGCAUCGGCAGAGGAGCGCCAAGACGCGAAGCUAGACUGGUUGUUCCAGGACUUGUCGUGAUUGUGAUGUCGUGAGCUUUUCAACUCUCCACCCGCUGGUGCUGGCUGUAUUUCCAAUCUCUAGACCAACGCGGGCACCGAUGGUUUACAUAGUUAUUUUGGAGGAUGCGUUGCUGCUGUGAUGGUUUUAUGCUGCUGCGGUCUUUGUGCCAUAACUUGCAGCGCUCUGGCUUCCUUUCGUUUGUGUCCGGGCCUGUUGCUAGCGCAAGUCGCGUCUCU